GGUUGAUAUGUAAAUUUCUAACAUGGCGGCCCCCAUAGAUGACAUGUUUUCUUUAUGCGCGGAUCCUGCAAAAACUAGUAAUUGCGUGGAAAUCCGAUUUAUCGAUAAUAUCAAGGGAAAAGGAUUAUACGCCAAGAAAGCGUUUAAAAAGGGUGAUACCAUUUUUAUUGAGCAACCUCUUGUUGCAGCCCAGUUCUUGUGGAAUGCCUUUUACAAAUACAGAGCAUGUGAAUAUUGUCUCCGUGCUCUGGAGACAGCAGAAGAGAAUGCCAGAAGGUUAAGUGGUCUGCCAGCUCUCAGCUUGCCCCAUCCUGAGCUGUGUAAGGUCCGACCUGACCAACACAAGGCCUGUCCGCAAUGUCAGGUGAUGUACUGUAGUAAUGAGUGCCGACAAUCUGCAUGGGAUCAGUAUCACAAAGUCCUGUGCCUUGGCCCUUCCCAUGAUGACCCAGAGCAUCCAAUCAACCAGCUACAGGAAGCAUGGAGGAGUACGCACUAUCCUCCGGAAACCUCCAGUAUUAUGCUAAUGGCCAGGAUGGUGGCUACCAUCAAGCAGGCUAAAGAUAAGAAACACUGGCAAAGGCUCUUCUCUAAUUUCUGUAGCCGUACGGCCAAUGAAGAAGAGGAAAUAGUUCAUAAACUGUUAGGGGAGAAGUUUCAGGGUCAGCUGGCCUUGCUCCAUAAUCUGUUUACCACGGCUCUUCGUGAUGACGGUCUCAGUCAGUGGUUUACACCUGAGGGAUUUCGCUCGCUGUUUUCACUUGUUGGUACCAACGGACAGGGUAUUGGUACCAGUUCUCUCAGUCAGUGGGUUCAUGCAUGUGAUGCACUGGAGCUUCCCAGCCAACAGAGGGCGCAACUAGAUGCUUUUAUUGACCAGUUGUACAAGGACAUUGACAAAGAAACUGGUGAUUUCCUCAACUGUGAUGGUUCAGGACUGUUUUUGCUACAAAGCUCUUGUAACCACAGCUGUGUUCCCAAUGCAGAGGCAUCAUUUCCUGACAACAACUUCCUUCUUCACUUAAAUGCCCUAAGUGACAUUAGCCCUGGAGAGGAAAUCUGUAUCAGCUACCUGGACUGCUGCCAACGAGACCGGAGUCGUCAUAGCCGGCACAAGAUCUUGAGGGAGAAUUACUUAUUCAUCUGUUCCUGUCAGAAGUGCAUUGCCCAGAUAGAUGAUGCGGAUAUGACAUCAGACGAUGAAGAGGAAGUUGAAGGAGAGGGUGAGACGGAGGGAGACGACAUGGAGGAUGAAAUGACUGACGUGUGAUUUCUGCUCAUGCUUUCUGCUUAAAGCCCACUCAGCCCAUCUCAGCUGUUUGUAUGUGGAUAUUUCCAACACUAUGAAAAAUGUCACCAUAUUUCCAAAACAUUGGAGAAACCAACAUCAAACUCACAGUAGCAGUGCAAUUGUUUGGCUGUUAUAACCUUAAUAUGCAAGCCUAUGCAAAAUAUAAUCGCAGAAUAUUUU